UUUCCCCCUCAAAUUAAAACUCCUAAUGGAAAAAUAAAAAAAAAAAAAGAAGAAGAAGAAAGUUCUAAUUGAGAGGCUUGCAAGGCACACAACUCGACCGUUUUCUUCUCAAGUAACCUUCGCUUUGCUCUCUUCUUCUGCUGCAGAGUGCUGCAGAGUCCUCAAAGGUUCCAAAUUUCUGUAUUAUGUUUAUACAAUCCAAAACCCCUAACAGAGAAGAUAAGAGAAAGAGAGAGAGAGAAAAAAGCCAUGUUUUUUUCGAAGGGCCUUGUUUCAAAGAAAGGACCUUUAGGCGCCAUAUGGGUAGCUGCUUAUUUCUUCAAAAAGCUCAAGAAAGCUCAAAUUUUUGAGACUAAUAUCUCCACUUCUGUUGAUAAUAUUUUGCAAGACCAGCUUGAUAUUCUCACAUAUAGAGUAUUGGCCUACCUCCUUCUUGGUGUGGUCAGAAUAUACUCCAAAAAGGUUGAAUAUCUUUUUGAUGACUGCCAAGAGGUGCUGAUUAAGAUAAAUGAAUUUGUGGUUAGAGAAAAAAAUAGAGCAAAGAAGGAGGCACUCCGUGCAAGAUGUUUCUCUAUUACGCGACCCGUGAGCUUUGACUUAGAUGCUUUUGAUCUGGAGAUUCUUGAAGAAACUAGUGGAGACAAUGCGGUGCCUCACGAAGACAUAACUCUUAAAGAUGUAGCUUGGAAAAAUGCUGGAAUAAGGCAAUAUUCUCUGGACAGGUCUGAGCAGUUUGAAGCCUUGGAUGAUGAUUUCUUGAUGGAUGAUACUCUAAUUGAAGAUUUUUCAUGUCACCUGAUGAACUUCAAGACGGAAUCAAGAACAUCACACGGAGUAUGUGACUUGGAACUAAGUAUGGAAAAGCUUCGAUAUGAUGAAGAGGUUGCACAUCUCAAAACAGUUAGUGGGGUUGAGGAAGACCCUCCAAACCUUGUUAAAGUUUUUGAUAAAAGUGACAGAGAGCGUGUAGAGGUUCCUGACAUGGCAGUUUUGGAGAACCAUAUGACCUUAAAAACAAGCAGGGAGAAAUACACUGAUAGGUUCUUGUCAGAAGAAGGUAUGAAUCUUCAUAGUGAGGCUGAGGAGGAUCCUCUAGGUCCACUUAAGCCACUUGCUGAAGAUCAGACUAAAAGAGAAAAGAUGAAGGAUCCAGAUUUAUCAAAAUCAGACAAUGAAAUGCACCAGGAAGACCAUGUAAGCAUCUUGGAAGCACGCACAGAUGUUCCAGACAUAGCAGGUUCGGAAAACCAUAUGGAAAGAGAAGCAAGCAGGGAGAAAUGCAAUAAUAGGUUCUUUUCAAAAGAAGGGGUGAACCUUCGUAGUGAGGCUGUCGAGGAAUGUCCAAGCCCUUUUAAACCACUUGCUGAAGAUCAAGCUGAUAGAGAAAAGAUCAAGGGUCCAGAUCUGCCACAAUCAGAAAAUGAAGUACACCAGGUUAUGGAGGAAAAUCAUGUAAGCAUUUUGGAAGCAUGUGCAGAAGUUCCAGACAUUGCAGACUCAGAAAACUAUAUAGGAACAGAAGCAAGCAGGGAGAAACCUCCAGGUCUCAUCAAAACUUUUGGUGAAGAAAAAACUAACAGAGAGAAGAUGAAGGGUCCAGAUAUGGUGCAAUCAGAAAAUGAAGUGCACCAGGUUAUGGAAGAAGAUUGCAUCUUGGAAGCAAGUCGAGGGAAGCUUCAGGCUUUCUUUCAUAUGGACAUCGAGGAACCUUCCCCAGUUGUAAGACCACUUGCUGAAGAGGUUCAAACUGGUGCAGAGCUGGAUAAUUUUCCAGCAAUGACAACUUCGGAGGAUGGAAAGUCUCAGGUUGCUGCAAAAGACCAUUCUCUGUUAGUUACAUCGUACGCAACUCCUCAGUCCAAGCUGCGAGGUGCUUCAGGAGCCACUGCACCACAUUUUAUGCCUAUCCGAACGCCUGUGACCAAGGAGCGUGCUCGGCUUUCCAGGAAAAGAAAAUGUUUCUUUGAUGACAUGAUAGUUUUUCCAAAUGACUUAAUGAGGCAGUGGAUAAAAGAUGCAAGUGAUUUGGUGUCUAAGCGGAGAAAACGUACUGCUCUAGAUGCAAGGAAGACCCAUCGGGUUUUCAAUCUUUCCCAGAGUUUCUCAGAGGCUUCGGUUCCUUGCACCUCGGAGCUUAAAUCUCUCGACUAUGGAAAGCGAUUGAGACUUCUUGAAUCUGUUAAAAUCAUGAAAUCUCCAGAAAAAAUAGAUGUGUCAGAAGCUCCUCCUAUUGGUGGAUCCUUUGACGAAGCAGAAAUUGCUCCAGAGACUGUUGAAAUCAGGGAUCCUCCAGCUAUGUUAAACCUCUCAAAAUCUCCUCUUUUUGAUGGAUCCUCAGAGCAGACAGGAAUUGCUCCUCAAACACCUCGUCGGCACUCACCUCCCCUUGUUGGGGGAGAACAAACAGAAAUUGCUCCGCAAACACCUGUACCACACUCAAAAUCAGUGAGACGAUUGGAGAGCCCUGAGUACCUCAAAUGUGCUAACUUAUUUGAAGUAGGACAUGCAAAUUUGGAUCCUACUGAAAGUAUCGAGAAAGAAUCUUCUCUUAUUGAAAUUGUAGAAAAAGAGCCUUCCCUGAGCAAAGAUGAAGUUCUUGAUCUCAAUCUGGAGAUACAUUCAGAUGGAGAUGAUAACCAGGAACAGGAUGGAUGGUCAAUGAGAACUAGAAUGGUGGCAAAGUAUUUGCAGAGAAGUUUUCUAGGUCAAAGGAAAAGAGGAGAGGAGGAAACGUUGAAGUUAUCACAGAUUUUGGAAGGAAGAACAAAGAAAGAAAGCGUGAGGCUCUUUUAUGAGAUACUGGUGUUGAAAACUAAAGGACUUGUGGAUGUGAAGCAAGACACUGCUUUCGAUGACAUUCUUGUCCAGCAAUCUCCUCAGUGGGACCAAACUUGCAGAACUGAUGGGAAGUAGAACUGCUGGAGGAUCUGUUUGUUAUUUGCGAGAAGUAGAAUAAGUCUUUUGAUGAGGAUCUAUUUGUUAAUUGCAAGAAGUAGAAUUAGUCUUUUGAUCCUAACCCAUGUUAAAUGAGUUAUAGCGGUAGUCCCUCUGUAAAUUGAGUAGUUCUGUAAAUGUUAUCAAUUUUAGCUGAUAUAGGAAUCACAAAUGUUCUCAUUAGAAGAGUACAAGGAAAAGAGGAUGUAACUACUUUUUCUUUUUUAGAUAGGGUCUUACUUUGAGAGCUUAUCUUAGUGAUUUGAAUAACUUAAUCAGAAAUCUCUGUGUAGACCAUUGUUUUUGAUGAUUUAAUGUCUUUUUAUUCAACAACAAUGACUUUGACCA